GUGCCGAAGGAGUAAUUGCCGAUCCUUAGUCGUGUAGUUGAUUGAUGUUCUACAAGCCAAAAAUUUCCUUUUAAACCUCUCAAACACUCAAAUCCCUAGCUCUCUAAGGCAAAAACAAAAUGCAGAGGCUUCUGUCUCUCAAACAUGCCUCAUCAAGUUUCUCUAAAAAGCUCCCCUUUACAAAUUCUUCACUUUCACCUUCUCGUCCUUAUUACAAUGCCUUCAAUUCUCUUGAUAAACCAACUCACCAUAGCUGCCAGCAACAAAAUUACAUCUUUGGCUUUUCUCAAGUAAACCCAACUUACCAUUUUCUUUCAAGCCAACCCCACCACACUCUUUCCCGGAUAGUUCAUGGCUUUCUGUCAAAUCCAUUGCUUUCGAAGCAGUUUGCGUCUAAUUUAUCUACAGCACAUUUCAAGUUCUCAAGCAAAGGACUCGCACAUUAUAAAUUUGGGGGCUCCAGUGCUCGGUUUGUUAGAAGAUAUUCUGGGUUCAAUCAAGGUUUUGGUUCAUAUCGACGUAGCUGGAGAUCAUGGUUCUAUCAGUUAUCAGCUAACGACAUGGUUUUAGGUUUGAUCUUAGCCAAUGUUGCUGUCUUUAUGUUAUGGCGGGUUGCUGAUAGAAAAUUUAUGGCAAACAACUUUAUGAUUUCCUUGGACAAUUUCAAAAGCGGACGUCUUCACACGCUGAUUACUUCUGCAUUCAGUCAUAUUGAUGCUGAGCACAUCAUUUCCAACAUGAUUGGACUUUACUUCUUUGGGGUGAAUAUUGGAAGAACUUUUGGACCUGAUUACUUGUUAAAGUUAUAUGUAGCUGGGGCAAUUGGUGGGUCACUGUUCUACUUGGUACACCAUGCCUUUAUGGCCUUAUCAACAAAGGGACAAGGAAUGUGGAUGAAAGACACUUCAAGAACUCCAGGAUUGGGGGCUAGUGGGGCCGUCAAUGCUAUAAUGCUGCUGGAUAUAUUCUUGAAUCCAAGAUCAACUCUUUACUUAGAUUUUUUUAUACCAGUUCCUGCCAUCUUACUGGGAAUCUUUUUAAUUGGGAAAGAUGUAAUGAGGAUAUUAGAGGGAAAUAGUAAUAUUUCAGGUUCAGCACACUUGGGGGGUGCUGCAGUUGCAGCCAUAGCAUAUGCUCGAAUUAGGAAGGGACGUUUUUGAGCUGUUUCAUUAUUCAGUUUAGUACAAGAUAUUUGCUUGGCUCAAUUGUAGAUGUGAGUUAGAAAACCAAGAAUACUCUUGGGCCGAUUUGGUUCAUAUAUUGAAAUGAAGAUCAAUGUUGGAAUAAGAAUUUAGUAGAAUCAAAAUCAGAAUGGUGAUUUUUCAUUUA